AMCGUCGAGGCUCUUGGCAACUUCCGGAAACACGGAACGGAGGCCACCGAGCGCGUUCGGGUGUCUCCCUCACGGCAGUGACGCCCGGGCCACAAGAGAGCGGCCGCGCUCCCACCCCGGCCGGACAUGCGGUUGCUCUGGCGAGUUCUCCGCGCGGCGCAAAGCUGCCGGGCCGCCGCGGUGCCCUCUCGAUGCCUCCUCGGAGCCGGAUGGCCGCUCCCGCCCCGGCGCGGGCUGAUCGCGCGGCCGGGCCUGGAGGAGCUGUUCGCCGCGCCCUCYCUGCGCCGGCUGCUGGAGGAGCGGGCGCGGGGCGAUGGCGGGGCGGCGCCGCAGCUUGCGGCRCGCGUGCGGCGGCUGCGCGACAAGGAGCGGGAGCUGCGCGACACACGGGAGCUGGCGCAAGAUGAGAAUGAAGAUUUCCGGAAGCUUGCAGAAACAGAAAUYGCUUCCUGUGAAGAAGAGAUAGCUGAGCUGAAACAACAGAUAGUGUUGCUUUUGAUUCCUUCAGAAGAAACAGAUGAGAGUGAUCUUAUCAUGGAAGUAACUGCUGGAGUUGGAGGGCAGGAAGCCAUGCUGUUCACCUCGGAGAUAUUUGAUAUGUAUCAACGAUAUGCUGCUUAUAAAAAGUGGAAAUUUGAAGUAUUAGAAUACUUUCCCAGUGAAAUAGGUGGCCUAAGACAUGCAGUAGCCAGUAUAGCAGGUGUUGASGCUUACAAAUACAUGAAGUUUGAAGGAGGAGUGCAUCGUGUWCAGCGAGUACCAAAGACAGAAAAACAAGGACGCAUUCACACCAGCACAAUGACUGUUGCAAUAUUACCCCAACCCACUGAGAUGAGGCUGCAAAUUAGUCCAAAAGAUCUACGAAUAGAAACAAAGCGAGCUAGUGGAGCUGGAGGCCAGCAUGUCAAUACCACAGACAGUGCUGUACGGAUAGUUCACAUUCCAACAGGGAUUGUGUCUGAAUGUCAGCAAGAAAGAUCUCAAAUUAGAAACAAAGAGAAAGCUAUGCAAAUGCUAUGUGCUAAACUAUACAAUGCCAAACUAGAAGAAGAAACCAAAAAGAGAAACAAUGCUCGAAAGAUUCAAAUUGGUACUAAAGGAAGAUCAGAGAAGAUCAGAACAUACAACUUUCCACAGGAUCGGAUUACAGACCACAGAAUAAGCAGAUCAGUGCAUCAUGUUGAGUCUUUCAUGCUAGGUGAAGAAAUGCUUGAUGAAAUGAUACAAACUCUGAGAGAAUACGCUGAUUAUGAAUCUCUAAUGGAAAUUAUUUCAGAAAAUGAAAAAAAKAAUUCCUCCUGAACAUUGUUCUUUCUCAGGUCAUUACAAUAGAUGUAGAGCUUGGUCUGCAGAGAAGCUUCUUGGAGCACCACCUAGAAAAUGGAACUUCUUUUCAGAUCAUGAAAAACAUCGCAACUUGUUUCCUCCUGACUAUUAAAUUAUUUUCUUACUUGCUGAAUAAAAUACUUCAUUUUCUUCAUAUGAGACAUGAUUGCUACAGCAGUCCUUUUGAAAAGUAAAUUUGACUGUGCCAGAAGUAACAGCAGUUUURAACUUUUUCUACUGAGAAGAUGCUGAUACACCACUCUCAAAAGGUAUGCAUGCAUUAAAAAAGGAGUUGUUUCUAGUUCCAGUUUUCAUUUAAACUGUAGCUUAAGCAUCUGUACAGUGUCAAAUAGCUUAUUUGAGUGAACAGAAAAAUCCUGUUUUGUUUAAGUGAUUGGGAAAAAGUGAUAAAUAAAUUACCUCACUCUACAUAUCUGCAUAUUUAUUAAUCACUUAUAUAUGUCAUGGGAGAGGGAGUCAGAGCGUAUCUGUCAUAUUUUCAUGGCCUUCUGGGCCCCUCUUUAUAAACACAAAACAAAUUUAGGAAUAUCGCUUGUUCCAGAAAAAAAAAAGCUGUGGAAGCCAAGUGAUGAAUCAUAUGGAUUGUUUUUGGAAUUAAUGUUUCUGUUAUUGAGUCAAAAAUUAAAAGAAUCGUUACAAUAUUGUUUAGCUGAUAUUCUACUAUCCACUUGACUACAAUUUCUYCUUUAUGUUUUUAGUUGACUCUCCAAGAUACUGAUUUUCUAAAGGUUACAUGCCAUGACUGGCAUCUUACUGUUUCUGUCUAUUUAACAGUGUCUCAAAACAUUUGAUACCUCUAUCAGCUUUGUUUUCUAGUAAACACUGCAUGGUAACUGUGAUUAAGUUCCAGAUCUUCUAAUUAAAGAUGCGUACAUUAACUUCAGAUGUAGGAAUGUCUGUGUGCAUUAGACA